GUUUUAAACUAAAUUAAAAAUACCUAAUAACAUUCAAGUAAGGAUGAAUGGAAUCGCCGAGGAUAUCUUUGAUGAAGUUUGCGACCUAGAUUCUAUAAAAGAGUACGUCAUCCCGAAGCUUUUGGACAAAAAAAUGGCAGUGCUCGAUCAAACUCCUGAUGGCAGAGAGAUCCUUCGAAACGUUAAGCCUCAAGUUGAGAUAACAAGGAAGUUCUGUCCUGACGUUAGGAGAACGUCAUCUUAUCCGGACAUUACCAAACACCCAGAUAACGUUAGUGAAACCGAACUGAAAUUACAAAAACAGAGAAUAGUUAACACUGAACUGAAAAGAUUACUCAUCGCAUCUGUCGGGGACACUUUAGCUAACAAGUUAGAAAAAUUAGGAAAAGAGAAGGCACACCUUAACGAGCAACUUAACAUACUCACGAAACAAACAGCUCUAGAUGCAGAGAGAAUAGAAAAUUUGGUCAUUCAGGGAGACAUCUGGAAAUCUAAAUUCUUAGCAACUAGAGUGGUGGUCAAUGAGCUGACUGUAUGGAAAGACGCUGUCACCACAAAACUUCACGAAACUCAACAAACUUUGAAACAGUUUGAGGAACACAGUAAACGCAUAUACUACACUUUACACCAGGCAGAUAGGACACUAGCCACAACAAUUGUCGAGAUAGACCCGGCGGUAAAACACGAUGACUUCGUUCUCCAGAGAUUGAAAGAUGCGAGUAGGUGUAUAGCAGAAUUAUUGACACACCACUCUACGGAAUUGUACAACUUCAACCAAUUGAGUGAUUUACCGUCUGAACCUCCCACGACACCGAACAUGUACACAGACUCACAGCACUACGAUUACUCUGAAAUACCAGACCGACUCUGCGACACGGAAUGCUGCAAUCAUUCUAUUGAAGGAAGCUGUUCUAAUGGGAAACUAAACGGUUUCAAUUCAGACAAAUCUUCGGAUUUCCAAAAGUGUAGUACUGUAUCAGAGACAAAUUCGAUCCCAAACAAUCAUACUUGUAGAGAAAUGAGUGGUAAUCUAACUCGUAGUUAUACGGGGUGCAAAAAAACUAUGUUCGUGGGAGGUUGCAAGUCGUGCGCAGAAAAAGAUAUAAUUCAUUUGUAGUUCAGCUUUAGUUUCAGGUUUUAAAAUUCUGUUAGGUUUGUUUUACUUUUUAGGUACAUUUUAACGAAACUAAACUUAUGGUCCUAUGGAAAUGGGUAUGGAAUAUUAGAUACUAAGUUCGUGGCUGGCUUUUAAUGUUGACGCUGGUUACCUUAUUUAUUUAAACUCUUGAUUUGUUUAUCAUAAAAAUGGGAUAUGAAUAAAUGUUUAAUUGCAUGAAUUUGAUAUUUGCUUAAUGCUUAUGAACAAUUUUAAUUUUUUGCUAAACGCUUAGCCUCCCGAAAUGGGCCAUUUAUUAUUAACCAUAAUCUGAAAUUUAAUAUUCGAUUUAACUCAUACAGUUCGUACAAUUAAAUAAAUAGAAAUACAUUUUCCCUGUUAUUAUUGACAAAGGUAAAAGUUCUAUCACAAAUUAAUGUUAGAUACAAUUUUAAGGAUGUUAAAUAUGAAUCUUAUUAAGAAUUCAUGCAUGAUAUUUUUGUGGUAUGGGGUCGUUCACAUAUUACGUAAUCAUUUUUUGGAUCAUUUUCACCCCCCCCCCCCUCCAUAAUCAUUACGUAAUAUGUGAACGACCCCUAUACAUUUAAUUUUCUUGGGUUUUUCAAUUUGCUGUAAUUUGAUUAUAGUUGUUUUAAUUUGAUGCAUU